AUGGAGGCCGGCAGCGAUGGGCACACGAGGCUGCUGGACCUCGAGCAAUCUCCAGGACCGCGUGGGAACCUAGCCACGAGCCCCCCCACGGGUUCUCGCGUCACACUCAGUUCGUUGGAACACGCGCUCCAACGAACAUUGCCCACUUCGCAUCUGGCAAAGUUGGCAGUGAAUCGAAAACUCCUAGAGCCGCUGACUCUAUUCGAAGGACCUGACCCCUUUGAAUCCCUUAUGGGCAGUUACCUGGGCAGGGCCGGCCCACCGCAGCCGGCCGGCACCCAGGAGGUUCGGGACGGGUGGGAAAAGACCAGCCGCCACCCAGCAGCCCGCUCGCCACCGCCUGCUGCCCCAACCCAUCACACACUCUACUUUCGCCCUCCUAGCACUUUUCACCCGCGCUCCGGGAGCUCUUCCCCAUGGGACCUGGAAGCUACUUCAGAGCGCUUUAUAAUAACACCUAGAAGGCACUAUCCGAUCCAGCAGACCCGGAACCCGCUUGUGAGGGUUCUUCCCUCUGUGAGCUGGGAUGGUAGUCCAAAGAAGGCUGUGCUCUCUGCUCGAAAUUCCAAAAUGGUGUGUGGUUCCGGCACCGUGAGGAUCGCGCCUCCCCACAGCAAACUGAUGCAUUCUUUAACGUCAGAUCGGAUCAUCUGCUCAGCGCUGCCCUCGUCCUCAGCCAUGGUCACAAAGAAAAACGACGCUGAACUGAAUAUCCUCCAAGAGAGGAAGAAAAGGACCCUGGACGAAGAAGACCGGAUAUUCCUGAGUGGUCUGGAGAAUAAAAGAAGGCGCCCUGAUAACCUAGGCAGUGGAUUCUCAACAUUGGAGUCCCAGGCAGCCAAUGAGGUUGUUGCUGCUCUGGCGCCUGAAGCUGAGUCUCUGACGAAAGGACUCGAUUCCCAGAAUUCGGAUGAGCUCUUGAGUAAGAUGAGUGUGUGCCCCUCUUUUGUGGCUACUAAGUACACGGCAGGCAUCCCCAGUUUUGGCCACAAUGCCAUUACCAGCUCCUACAGUUCCACCCGUGGGGAACCGCUGACCCUACCUCCAGGGCCACAGUUGGGCUAUCCCAUCAGUGUGGAGGAGUACAACAGGGAAAAGAGAGCUGCCUUCCAAUGGCUUAACAGGUUCUUGGAGGCCAAGCCGGAGGAUGCAGCGAGCCCUGCUGCCAUGGAGAAGCUGCCUGUUACUCUGGCUCCAACUGUGGUCGGGAGUGCAUCUGCGCAUACUCCAAACCCAGCUUCAAUUGUCCCUGCCUUCCCUGGACUAGCCACUGCCACCUCCCAGGUGGCCUCUGUCACCACAGCCAGUACCACCACAGACUCAGCUUCAAAGUCUGCUUUUGGCUUUGGUGUCAUGGGUGUGCCCAGCAUCCUGAGCGGUGAGACUGGUACCACUGCCUCCUCUACAGCACCGCCUUUCCUCUUUGGAGCUCCCCCUACCUCAGGAGCUAGUUUUACCCCAGCUGAGGGCUCCACAUUCCAAUUUGGCAAGCCUCCUACCAUGCCAGCCUCAGCCACAGUCACCACCUUUGGACAGUCCUCCAGUGCUGCUCACAUGGCCGACAGCAGCACUGCCCACUUUAACGGUUCAGGUAGUGCCCUCACAAACUCAGUCCCCAUAACCACUGGGCAGCCUCCACUGAAGUUUGGUAAUGUGGCCCCUGCAACAUUCAAUAUGUCCUUUGGCUCAAGUGCCAAGCCCACUAGUCAACCACAGCCCACGUUUGGGGCCAUGGAUGGGCAACGACAGGGGGCUGCCAAGCCAGCCCUUGCCCAAAACUUUGGUAGCUCUUUCACACUGGGGAACCUGGCAGCCCCAGCUCCAAAGGUAAAAUCAGUGCUGGCCCCCACUCAGCCAGUGGCUGGCAGUACCCCACAGUUGCCUCUUGGUGGUUUGAAAUCUACAACUGUUGCCUUCGGUGCCACAGCAAACAGCCAGUCAGCCACUGGCAGCACCAAAGCAGGCUUCUCCAUUGGUACAGCCACCAUGUCUGCCUUUGGGGCUACCACCCAAACUACCUGCAGUGGGACCAAUGGCACACCCUUCACAUUUGGGGGAUCAGCACCCCUCCCUGGCAGUGGAGGCUUCAGGCUCAGUACGGCCACUCAGGUCACCAGCUCCCCCUCUGAAGCAUUCAGCUUGAGGGCGAAGCAGAGUGGGAGUGCAGGAGCUACCACCUCCUUUGGAGGGACUGUGAGUCAGAAGAGCCAGGGCGCAUCCAGUCAGGACCCAGCAGCCUUCAACGUAGCCAGCAAGCCUGUAUUUGGAGGCACCUCCACACUCACCCUUGCUCAAAACACUCCUACCUCAGGAAAAGGCAGAGGGAUGUCCUCACGACCCACCCAAGGCUUCGCUGCAAUUGGAUCUUUCAAGUCUGAGACCCCUUCAUUCUGCAUUGGUGCAGCAUCCAAAAGCCCACGGCCUCAGCAGCGAUUGCAGGCUCGAAGGCGGCAGCCUCGCAGGAUAUAG